CAUUCUCUAUUCGUUCUUGCUUCGCCCCUUGGUCUGAACUAGUCAUCGCCUUUAUUUCCUUGCAGAUCAAGAAGAAGGAUCUAAGUCAAACUCAAAAGAUGGAAUUACUCUCUGGAGGAAGAUCAACAUUGAAUCCUAAUGCUCCUAUCUACAUUCCUGCUGCCUUCCGCCAAGUGGAGGACUUUUCUCCAGAAUGGUGGCAACUGGUAACAACGUUGAGAUGGUACCAUGACUAUUGGCUUAGCCAGCAACAGGAUGGGGAAGGAUAUUAUAACAAUGCUGAGGUCGAAUUUGAUAGCAGUGAUGUGCUUGAUUUGCUGCCUGAUACAUUUGAUCUUGACGCUGAUGAAGAUCUUUCUGUGAUGGAAGCCCAGCUUGAGGAAUUCAUUCUAUUUUCUAAGGCUGAAGCUGAAACUGGUCCAAACACUCUCGUGAAAACGGAGCGUGGAGCAAAGCCACCAACUGCAUAAGCAGCCUAAGAUGCAGGUAUCUGUGCAAUCCAAUAACCGGACUGAACGCCUGAUCCCAUGAGCAUGCUGAGAAUCGGGCUGGCGGUCGUUGAAGCUACUUAGUACUCACCAUAUUUGCUGUAGCUUUUUACCUUCCUGUAACUCCUGUAUAGGCAAUGUUCUGACUUUUCAUAUGUCCGCAUCCUGCAUUGUUUCCAAAGUCUCCUUUGGUAAACAGUCAAGUCAAACAUAAAAAAGAAAAGUUUAGCAGACAAAUUUGUAUCGCAAGACCCGCAACAUGUGCUAUAGAAGUGUUAAAAAAAAAAAAGAGAGAGAGAGAGAGAGAAAGAAAUCCAUUAUGUCACUUGAUUUCAGCUUUCUCUUGUGGGAUGGCAUGUGGCCUCAUGGAGUUGACUUGCAUCUAUAUAAGUACUAUGCAAUAUAUAAUUUUUUUUGCC